AUGAACUAUAAUCAACGCUCAGCUGUUUCAACUGUGCCCAAUGCUUCCCCCAUAAAGGUUGGAUUCAUAGGACUAGCUGUUAAUAAAGGUUGGGCUUAUAAAGCACACUAUCCUUCAAUAUUACAAUUGUCUUCACAAUAUGAAAUUACAGCAUUGUAUAACAAUAAUGUUGAAUCAUCUUUAGAGACCAUUCAGCAAUUAAAAUUAUCAAAAGCUACUGCAUAUCCAACGCUAGAGUCAUUUUCUUCAUCCGUUAAUAUUAAUAUGAUUGUUGUAAGUAUUCAAACUAGUAACCACUAUGAUGUAAUCAUACCACUACUGGAAUAUUCGCGGAAUAAUCCAAAUCUAAAAUAUUUAUUUGUUGAAUGGGCUCUAGCAUGUUCAAUUCAACAGGUUGAAACGAUCUAUAGAGCGGCAACAGAGAGGGGGCUACAAACAAUAAUAUCAUUGCAAGGUAGAAAAUCUCCUUAUAUAUUACGUGCUAAGGAAUUAAUAACGCAAGGUUAUAUUGGUGACAUAAAUUCAAUUGAAAUAGCGGCAAAUGGUGGUUGGUAUGGUUAUGAGAGAUUAGCAAAGUCCCCUUCUUUUAUUUAUCAGCUGGGAAACGGUGUAGACUUAGUGACAACAACAUUUGCUCACACAAUUGAUAUAUUACAGUACAUUACAAGUUCGUACUUUUCCAGAAUCAAUUCUAUGAUAUUUAAUAAUAUUCCUGAACAAGAAGUGUUAGGAGAACAUGGUAAAAGGACAGGAAAAAAAGUUAAAAAAACUGUUCCCGAUCAUUUACUAUUUCAAGGAUCAUUGGUGAAAGGUAAUGUUCCAGUAUCAUGUAGUUUUAAAGGUGGUAAACCUACUAAAAAAUUUACAAAAAAUCUAGUUAUUGAUAUACAUGGUACGAAAGGUGAUAUAAAAUUGGAAGGUGACGCGGGUUUUGCAGAAAUAUCAAACCUGGUAUUAUAUUAUAGCGGUAUUAAGGAUGAUGAGCCUCAAUCACAAAAUGGAGUGGCAAUGUUCGAUUCAAGUAAAGAAUUAAUAGAAGUGUAUCAUUUAAGAAAUUAUAAUGCUGUUCUAGGAAAUAUAUAUAGACUUUAUCAGUCUAUUGCUGAUUUCCACUUCAAUACAAAAAAUAUCCACAAUCUUUCACCAAAAUUUAUCAUGCAGGGUUUCGAAUUUGAAGGAUUUCCAACUUUCAUGGACGCCUUGAUUUUGCAUAGACUUAUCGACAGUGUUAACAAAAGCAGUGCAUUAGGUUCAACAAUUGAUGUGACCAACAUUUGUCAGUAUCCGUAA